UAUGUGCAGCAGAGCCGCAUAAUAUAAAGGCACUACAGCUGCUGAUGUUUCGUGUCAGUGACACUCAUCUACCUCUACACAAUAUUUAAUAAAAUCCAUUGAAAUAUAUACAUAUAUACUAAAAACUACUCAAAUGCUGCCUGGUUCAGUCUCAGCUCAAUCCUCAGUGUGGAUUUUUUUAUUCGCGUGUCAAGUGCUAAGUACUCUGUCUAUGUAAGAGUUAAGUAAGAAUAGUUUAUAUUUUAAAGUGAGACAGAUGUGAAAAUGGUGUCACUCGAUAGACUGCUACUGCUUCCGUGACAGUCCUCAGUCUGGCUCGUGUUCUACUCCUGUCUGGGUUUGUUUAAAAAAAAAAAAUAUAUUAAUAUUAUAAUUAAUAAUUUAAAAAAAGUUUUAAAAAAGAAAAAAAAAACAUGGCGUACCGUGGUGUCAAAGGCUCUGAUCCUUUUGUAUCAAAAACAUCACGGAAUGAAAGAUUUGCCCAGAUGUCUAAACAGGAGCAAAUAAUCCAGCAAAAAAAAUUAGAAAUUCAAGCUAAAAUGCAAGACAUGAAGGCCAAAGCCGCUGUUGAAGUACAAAAAAAUGAUUCAAACACUUCUUCAUCAGUUACCAAAGUCACUGCUACAGCCAAGAAAGAAGACGAGAAGCCAGCAGCUGUAGCAACAAUAAAUUUAUUCGCUAAUGACGGCAGUUUUCUUGACCAAUUUAAAAAAAUCGCAUCGAAUAAACCUACGGUUAAAGAACCCGUGCAAGUUAAAACUGAAGACUCGCCCCCGCCAGUAUCACAGUCAAAAAAAGAGGAACGUGGUGAUCGUAGUGAUAGAAAUUACGAUAAUCGUCGCUGGAAUGGUGAUAAAAAUCGUGACUACGAUCGCCGGGACAGGCGAAGAAAUGAAUCGCGCUGGCAUCAAAGGAAUGAAAGACGACGAAGUUGUUCGUCGAGUCCAUCGCCACCAAGACAUAGAUCAUCGCCAAGUCCAGACCAACGUCCACCACGUUAUCAGCCAAAUAAUUUAAAAUCCCAGUCAUCGCCAUCUUCCAUUCCACCGCUUAUUCCUCCUUUGAUACAACAAAUAAAUGUUCCACCUCCAAACUUAAGAAAUGUACCUCCACCUCAAGUUCAUAUUCCUCCGAAGAGUGACAAUUACUCGCUUAAAUUAGAUCCAAGUCACCAAAGUCUUCCAAUUGCAUCACAAGCUAUUUCAUCAUCAGUACCGCCUCGUAUAUCAGUACCAUCAGUCCCACCGCCGCACAUAAUCAGACCUCCGCCUCCACCACCAGGACCUCCAAUAAAUACAAACGUACCACCACCUAGAAUGCAAUUAAAUCAACCUCCACCUUCUCAAUCCGUACAAACCAACUCAAUUAACUCGUCAACGUCAACGCCAUCAGCUGGACACAUUCCACCACCUCAAUCAUGCAGUAUUCCUUUAACCAAUUUACAACCACCCCCACCAGCACCCAGUGUUCGGUCUAAUCUACUACCACCAAUGUCACAAAUGCCACCCAAUAUGAUUAAAUUGAAUCAAAAUUCGGUUUCAAAUGUACCGCCGCCACCUCCUCCGCCAGUAAUACCAUCACCGUUGAUUAUGACGAAACCACCUCCGGUUCAUAACUCAACUAUAAAUUCAGUACCUCCACCAAAUUUAAAUAUUCCACCGCCUAAUGUCCCAUCGAUUGCUAGUGUACCAUCAUUACCUAGUGUUCCAACGUUGGCUAGUGUACCACCACCUCCAUUGAUCGCUGGUGCUAAUCAUACGACAGCAGCUCAUCUAUUACCGACAACUUAUCCAAUUAAAAAUCAAAUGCAAUUAUCUGUUGUGCGGCCUAGUGUUAAUGUGCAACUGCCCCCGCCUGUACAACCACCUCUUUCUUCGUCAGAUAUUUUUGUAGGUUGUCAGGAAGCUGAACAAUUGGCACGAAUUGUUGCAGACUGUGGUGACGCAAUUGAACAAGAAGUACGCGAGAAGAAUUCACAAGAUCCUAAACUAUGGUUUCUGCACCAAAAGCAAAGUGCAGCGUACCUGCAGUACAGAGGAUUGGUGGCCAAGUAUCGUGCUGAGAAAGCGGGAAAAGAUGCUAGAGGAGGUUCAGCUCCUGGUGGUACUACUGGAAGCGGUGCUGAGCCUUAUUGUCCUGAAGAUGCUCUUAGUGAUAAUGAUGACAUUGAUAGAGUAUCUAAUAAACAUAUCUUACAAAGUGAUAAUAAUGUUAAGGAAGACAGCAAAGAAGAACGAAAACGUAAAAGACGAAGUCGUUGGAGUGAACCCGACCACCAAUUUUCUGUUCCUGGUGUAAAAAGACAAGCAAGUGCAAUAGGAAACGUUAAUCAGCAACAAAUACGUCCACCUGGAAUUGUAAUAUCAGGGCAACCUGGUCAAGGUCCUGCUUUAUUGCCACCAAAGAUACAAAAUAACAAAAAUAAAAAUCCUAUGCUGUCGAAAAUUUGUCGCAAUGAUCCGGCGUUAGCUCAGUAUGCAAGACAAACCUACGGUACACUAGAUUUGAGUGAAGAGCAAUGGAAAAAAGCUGAAGAUCACUACAAGAUAAAUUUAUUGUAUCAAAAUUUGCUUAAAAAACGUGAAGAAGUUAAGCGCCUGGAAUCGCAAGGAAAACAUAAAUAUGAAUAUGACAGUGAUGAAGAGACUGAAGGCGGGACGUGGGAACAUAAAUUGAGAUCCGCUGAAAUGGAAGCUACGCAAAUGUGGGCUGAAGAAUUGACAGCACAGUCUGAGGGUAAACAUCACAUUGGCGAUUUUUUGCCACCUGAUGAACUCAAGAAAUUUAUGGAGCAGUACAGUGCUCUGAAACAAGGCAAAGAACCGGAUCUUAGUGAUUAUAAAGAGUUUAAAUUGAAGGAAGAUAAUAUAGGUUUUAAAAUGCUACAAAAACUCGGUUGGUCCGAAGGCCAAGGACUUGGUAGCGAAGGUAGCGGUCGUAUUGAUCCUAUAAAUAAAGCAACUAGUAGGUUGGAUAGCUCUGGUUUGGGUGCAGAAAGACCGGAUAAUAUUUCACGCGAUGAUGAUGAAUUUGAUGCAUAUAGAAAGCGAAUGAUGCUCGCUUAUAGAUUUAGGCCGAACCCUUUGAACAAUCCACGAAGGCCUUACUAUUGAUUAGAUAAUCAAAAAAUUAUGGCUAUUAAUGAAAAAAAAAAAAAAAAAAAAACUGUAACACCAAUGAUUAAAAAAAAGUUUUUACAAAAUUGACAAAAAAAAGAGAGUAAUAUUAUUUUGUAUAAUUAAUGUUAAUAAUAUCUUGUGAAGAUAAUUAACAAUACGUACUGCUAAUUAAUGUGUCGUUAGUUAAUGAAAACGUAAAUUAGUUUAUAAUUG